CGUGCACCGCCGGUCCAUCCGGAAAAAGGAUCCGGCAGUUUAAUUACAAUCUUGUCCCUCCGCCGCCGAAGUGGACUAUUUGCUCUCAGUCUGGGAGGUACUUUUGAGUUCCCGCUUCCAAACAGGGAAUCCACGCCAGCCGGUUCAGCUCGCUCCCCUUGGAAUGAGCCCUUCCUAGGCUUAGCGUCAGGCAAGGUGUACGAGGCUCGGAGAGACACCCCGCGGAGGGAUCCGGUUUGUUGUGGUGAGAAGGGGGAGACGCUGACAAACCAAGAUGGCGGCGGCGGCGGUGAAGGCCCCGGCGGUUGGGAGGUAACUGUGGUGGUGGUGGAGACUGCAGUAGUUGGGAGGCAGCGGCAGAGUUUGGAAAGAACCGAGCGGGACGAAGAAGCGGUAGCAAUAACGUCAGCCUGAGCCUUUCAGAGCGCGGCAGCUACACGCCCCCUAGGCCCUCGGCGGGCGGCGGCCGCUCCGCUUAGGGCCUAGUCCCCGAGCAGUGUCUCGGCUUCACACAGCGGCGGCCGCCAUGAGUCCUUAAGGGCGGUCCGAGCUCUCCAGUCCUAGGGCCCACCAUGGAGCCGGGCUCCGACGACUUCCUUCCGCCCCCGGAGUGCCCGGUGUUCGAACCUAGCUGGGCCGAGUUCCGAGACCCACUUGGCUACAUCGCGAAAAUCCGACCCAUCGCGGAGAAGUCGGGCAUUUGCAAGAUCCGCCCACCUGCGGACUGGCAGCCACCCUUUGCUGUAGAAGUGGACAACUUCAGGUUUACUCCCCGGAUCCAGAGGCUGAAUGAACUAGAGGCCCAGACCAGAGUGAAACUGAACUACUUGGACCAGAUUGCCAAAUUCUGGGAAAUCCAGGGCUCCUCCUUAAAGAUUCCCAAUGUAGAACGGCGGAUUUUGGACCUCUACAGCCUCAGCAAAAUCGUGGUGGAAGAAGGUGGUUAUGAAUCCAUCUGUAAGGACCGUCGGUGGGCCCGGGUAGCCCAGCGCCUCAACUACCCACCAGGCAAAAACAUUGGCUCUCUGCUACGCUCCCAUUAUGAACGCAUCGUCUAUCCCUAUGAGAUGUACCAGUCUGGAGCUAACCUAGUGCAGUGCAAUACGCGUCCAUUUGAUAACGAAGAGAAGGACAAGGAAUACAAACCCCACAGCAUUCCCCUUCGGCAGUCUGUGCAGCCUUCCAAGUUCAAUAGCUACGGCCGGCGGGCUAAGAGACUACAGCCUGAUCCGGAGCCUACGGAGGAAGACAUUGAGAAGAAUCCAGAGCUGAAAAAGCUACAAAUCUAUGGGGCAGGCCCCAAGAUGAUGGGCCUGGGCCUCAUGGCUAAGGAUAAGACUCUGCGGAAGAAAGAUAAGGAAGGGCCUGAGUGUCCUCCCACUGUAGUGGUGAAGGAGGAGUCAAGUGGGGAUGUGAAGAUGGAGUCAGCCUCACCCAAGACCUUCCUGGAGAGCAAGGAGGAGCUAAGUCACAGCCCAGAGCCCUGUACCAAGAUGACGAUGAGGCUGCGGCGGAACCACAGCAAUGCUCAGUUUAUUGAGUCAUAUGUAUGCCGGAUGUGUUCUCGAGGGGAUGAGGACGACAAGCUACUGCUGUGUGAUGGCUGUGAUGACAACUACCACAUCUUCUGCCUGCUGCCACCUCUGCCUGAGAUUCCCAAGGGUGUCUGGCGGUGCCCGAAGUGUGUUAUGGCGGAGUGUAAGCGCCCCCCCGAAGCCUUUGGCUUUGAGCAGGCUACCCGGGAAUACACUCUGCAGAGCUUUGGCGAGAUGGCUGACUCCUUUAAAGCCGAUUACUUCAACAUGCCUGUACACAUGGUGCCCACAGAACUUGUGGAGAAGGAAUUCUGGCGGCUGGUGAACAGCAUCGAGGAAGAUGUGACUGUUGAAUAUGGAGCUGACAUCCAUUCCAAAGAAUUCGGCAGUGGUUUCCCUGUCAGUGACAAUAAGCGGCAUCUGACCCCUGAGGAGGAGGAAUAUGCUACCAGUGGGUGGAACCUGAAUGUGAUGCCAGUAUUGGAGCAGUCCGUACUCUGCCACAUUAAUGCAGAUAUCUCCGGCAUGAAGGUACCCUGGCUUUAUGUGGGCAUGGUCUUCUCAGCCUUUUGCUGGCAUAUUGAGGAUCACUGGAGUUACUCCAUUAACUACCUCCACUGGGGUGAGCCAAAGACCUGGUAUGGGGUACCUUCGCUUGCAGCAGAACAUUUGGAAGAAGUCAUGAAGAAGCUGACACCUGAGCUCUUUGAUAGCCAACCUGACCUCCUGCACCAACUUGUCACCCUCAUGAAUCCCAAUACCCUCAUGUCCCAUGGUGUGCCGGUUGUUCGCACAAACCAGUGUGCAGGAGAAUUCGUCAUUACCUUCCCCCGUGCUUACCACAGUGGCUUCAACCAAGGCUACAAUUUUGCUGAAGCAGUCAACUUUUGCACUGCUGACUGGUUGCCGGCUGGGCGCCAGUGCAUUGAGCACUACCGCCGGCUCCGAAGAUACUGCGUCUUCUCCCAUGAGGAGCUCAUCUGCAAGAUGGCUGCCUGUCCAGAGAAGCUAGACCUGAACUUGGCGGCAGCUGUGCAUAAGGAGAUGUUCAUCAUGGUGCAGGAGGAACGUCGUCUACGAAAGGCCCUGCUGGAGAAGGGCAUCACGGAAGCUGAACGAGAGGCUUUCGAGCUGCUCCCUGAUGAUGAGCGCCAGUGCAUCAAGUGCAAGACCACAUGCUUCCUAUCUGCCCUGGCCUGCUAUGACUGCCCAGAUGGUCUUGUCUGCCUUUCCCACAUCAAUGACCUCUGCAAAUGCUCUAGUAGCCGGCAGUACCUGCGGUAUCGGUAUACCUUAGAUGAGCUCCCUGCCAUGCUGCAUAAGUUGAAGGUUCGGGCCGAGUCCUUUGACACCUGGGCUAACAAAGUGCGAGUGGCCCUGGAGGUGGAGGAUGGACGGAAGCGCAGCCUUGAAGAGCUGAGGGCACUAGAAUCUGAGGCCCGUGAGCGGAGGUUUCCUAACAGUGAGCUGUUGCAGCGACUGAAAAAUUGCCUGAGCGAGGCAGAGGCUUGCGUGUCCCGGGCUCUGGGAUUGGUCAGCGGCCAGGAAGCUGGCUCCCACAGGGUGGCUGGUCUACAGAUGACCCUGGCUGAGCUCCGGGCCUUUCUGGACCAGAUGAACAACCUGCCUUGUGCCAUGCAUCAGAUUGGGGAUGUCAAGGGUAUUCUGGAACAGGUGGAGGCCUACCAGGCUGAGACUCGUGAGGCCUUGGCCUCACUGCCCUCCAGUCCAGGGCUUCUGCAUUCCCUGUUGGAGAGGGGGCAGCAGCUGGGGGUGGAGGUGCCUGAGGCCCAGCAGCUCCAGCGGCAGGUGGAACAGGCGCGAUGGCUGGAUGAGGUGAAACGCACGCUGGCUCCCGCAGCCCGAAGGGGCACCCUGGCUGUCAUGAGGGGACUGUUGGUCGCUGGUGCCAGUGUGGCCCCUAGCCCUGCUGUGGAUAAAGCCCGGGCUGAGCUGCAGGAACUGCUGACUAUUGCUGAACGCUGGGAGGAGAAGGCCCACCUCUGCCUCGAGGCCAGGCAGAAGCAUCCACCAGCCACGCUUGAGGCCAUAAUCCAUGAGGCAGAAAACAUCCCUGUUCACCUGCCCAACAUCCAGGCUCUCAAGGAGGCUCUUGCUAAGGCCCGAGCCUGGAUUGCUGAUGUGGAUGAGAUCCAAAAUGGAGACCACUAUCCCUGCUUGGAUGACUUGGAGGGCCUAGUGGCUGUGGGUCGGGACCUGCCUGUGGGUUUGGAGGAGCUGAGACAGCUAGAGCUGCAGGUGUUAACAGCACACUCCUGGAGGGAAAAGGCCUCCAAGACGUUCCUUAAGAAGAAUUCUUGCUACACGCUGCUGGAGGUGCUCUGCCCGUGUGCAGACGCUGGCUCAGAUAGCACCAAGCGCAGCCGGUGGAUGGAGAAGGAGCUGGGAUUAUACAAAUCUGACACAGAGCUGCUGGGGCUGUCUGCGCAGGACCUCAGGGACCCAGGCUCUGUGAUCGUGGCCUUCAAGGAGGGGGAACAGAAGGAGAAGGAGGGUAUCCUGCAGCUGCGCCGCACCAACUCUGCCAAGCCCAGUCCCCUGGCAUCAUUGACCACUGCCUCCCCUGCAGCCUCCAUCUGUGUGUGUGGUCAGGUGCCAGCUGGGGUGGGAGCUCUGCAGUGUGACCUGUGUCAGGACUGGUUCCAUGGGCGAUGUGUGUCAGCCCCCCGCCUCCUCAGCUCCCCAAGGUCCAGUCCCACCACAUCCCCACUGCUGGCCUGGUGGGAGUGGGACACCAAAUUCUUGUGUCCACUGUGCAUGCGCUCACGGCGUCCGCGCCUGGAGACCAUCCUGGCACUGCUGGUAGCCCUACAGAGACUGCCUGUGCGACUGCCUGAGGGCGAGGCCCUACAGUGCCUCACAGAGAGGGCCAUCAACUGGCAAGGCCGUGCCAGGCAGGCUCUGGCCUCUGAGGAUGUGACUGCUCUGUUGGGACGGCUGGCUGAACUUCGCCAGCGGCUGCAGGCUGAACCCAAGCCCGAGGAGCCCCCUAUCUACCCUGCAGCCCCUGCCUCUGACCCUCUCAGAGAAGGCAGUGGCCAGGAGAUACCUAAGGUCCAGGGGUUGUUGGAGAAUGGAGACAGUGUCACUAGUCCUGAGAAGUUAGCCCCAGGGGAGGGCUCAGGUAAGAGAGACCUGGAGCUGCUGUCCUCACUGUUGCCACAGUUGACUGGCCCCAUGUUGGAGCUGCCUGAGGCAACUCGGGCCCCGCUGGAGGAGCUCAUGUUGGAGGGGGAUCUGCUUGAGGUGACCCUGGAUGAGAACCACAGCAUCUGGCAGCUGCUGCAGGCUGGGAAGCCUCCAGACCUGGAAAGGAUCCGCAUACUUCUGGAGCUGGAGAAGGCAGAACGCCAUGGGAGCCGGGCACGGGGCCGGGCCCUGGAGAGGCGGCGGCGGCGGAAGGUGGAUCGGGGUGGGGAGGGCGAUGACCCAGCCCGAGAGGAGCUAGAGCCAAAGAGGGUACGGAGCUCAGGGCCAGAGACCGAGGAGGCCCAGGAGGAGGAGGAGCUGGAGGAGGAGACUGGGGGUGAGGGCCCCCCGCUCCCCCUCUCCACUGGCAGCCCCAGCACCCAGAAGAACCAGAACGGCUUGGAGCCAGCACUAGGGGCCAGUUCAGGCCCCUCGGCUCCCUUCUCUACUCUGACACCCCGGCUGCAUGUGUCCUCCCCACAGCAGCCACCUCAGCAACAGUUGUGACAGUGGCUGAACCUAGCACAGACCCCAACAGAGACCCCCCCUUGGCCUCAAGGAUCCUUUUUCUGACCAUCAAGCCUGCUUCUUGGGAGGUGGGCAAGUAGGGGGGGAUGGCCACAACCACCCCCACCCCCCACCAGCCCACCCCUGAGUCCCUUGACUUUUAUAUUCUGACUCCAAGGUAUUGUUCAGACCUCAGCUCCUGGGGGCCGGCCCCUGGAGUUCCCCUCCCUGGUAGCCUCUAACCAGCAUUCCCAGACACCUGAGGCAGAUGGAUGGGCAGGUGGGUAGGGGGGUAGCUGGGGCUAGGCCAGCACCAUUCCAGAGACAAGGCCAGUGCAUACGCAAACUGGGGGAAUCUCCUCUCCUUUCUCCCCAGUUUUGACCCUGGCCAGGCCAUGCUACACUAACCUCACUUCCCCCUCUCACUCUUUCUCAGCCCUCCCCUUUCCCUUCCUCCCUUCCCACUUUUGCCUCCUUGUUCUCCCUCCCUGACCCAGUCCACCCAGGAGGAGGAAACUUCACAUAGCUGUGCUCACAGUUUUUUAUUUUAAACAAAUUUGGUUGGGGAGCCGAACAGGGCUCUCUCUGUGAUCUGAAGAAAGCUAUUGGUGCUUGUCCUCACAGCCACCUCACCCUUCCCCUCUCGUCCUGCCCUGUCUCCUUUCCUCCUCCUGGGUUCAUGUUGUAAUAAAAGAUUGUUGGUGUGUAAUUAAUUUGUUCAAAAAAAAAAAAAAAAGCAAAACAAGAAACUUGGUUCCAACUGAAGCCUAUUUUAAUUUUAUUUUAUUAUUUUCCUCUUGUUAGAAAUAAAACCCUUAGCAACAUUUUUUGGAAACCUGUUUCUGAAGUGCAUUUCUCUUCGAAGGGGGAGAACAGUGCUUCCCAUCACCUGUGAGUGGAGGAGCUGCAGUGCUGGCGGGAGCACUAGGGCUGAAGCCGGGGAGCUCUGGGUUCGGAAACAGUUCCACCUCUCCUUAACCUCGGGUACAACGCCCCUAAUCUGCCCCCACCUGAUCCCUAAUCUCCCUACAGAUAAGCCAUGGUACCCCUCACCUGACCUGUGACAGCUGCCUCCAACUUGAUGCCCUCCAGUCUCAAGUUCCCCACAGAUGUUUGAAGGGUUUUAGGGGGGUUAUUGAGGUACAUUUAUACACCAUAUAGUUUCACCUUUUUAAAUGUACAGUUCAGUGGUUCAAAGGGAUGAUUCUGAAUUGCAGAUCUGACCUUGUCAUUCUGCAGCUUCCACUAGUCCGUGAUGCUUCAUUGCCCUAAAGAUCAAGAUUAUCUAUCUAAUCUUACUCUUUCUGGAAUGCUACCCUGUCCUACCUAGAUGCCACAUUCAGGGGCCCUUCUGUGAAUUUUCUCCACACUAAAGGGUUCUGCCCCUGUGAAUGGAAAUUAAAGCUCAGAUGUGUUUAUUGGCAACUUGUGAGUUCACUUUUUAAAAACCGCUUUAUUGCAAUAUGAUUUAUAUACCUUACAGUUCGCCCACUUGAAGGGUAAAAGUAUAUAUCUAAGUGGCUUUUAGUGUAUUCUAGUUCUACGACCAUCACUGCAAAAGAUUUAAAAAUAUUUUCAUCAUUCCAAAAAGAUUACUACUUUUAGGGGGCAUCACCUCCUCCCCAAGCCCCUUAACCCUAGGCCACUAUUAAUCUAUGUGGAUUUACCUAUUUUGGACAUUUUAUAUAAAUGAAAUCAUACAUGAUCCUUUGUGACUGUUCUUUAAUUUGCCAUAACAGUUUCAACUUGAGUUUAUUUUUAAAUGUAGAUGCUAAUGGUUCUAUAAUACUGGGCAGAAUUUUUUCCCCUCCUGGGCCCCAAAGCCUUUAUAAUGAGGGUGUUGGACUAAAUAUUUGAAGAUGAGCAUGAGAGCUGGGGCUGGGACAGACAGGAAAGGCUUCAGCCUCAGCACUUCGUUACCAUUCUCCAUCCCGCGAGGCAGUCAGACUCCAGAAGUGACCAGACAGGAGUGGACGAGGGAGUGCCUAUGACCUGCGGCUGCUCACAGGCUAGAGAGCUGCUAGGCCCAGACUGGGGCCCUCCAAAAUACGGGCCCAGCUCUAAUUCCGGACAUCGUGUUCAUCUUGGCACCACCCUGCCCCAUUCACCCCUCACUGCGGAUGUACGUGCCAUGAUCUCUGCAGCAGAAGCCCUAGCUCAAAUGUGACCUCUUCCAGAGAGCUUGCUUGCCUUUCCCAGGAGACAGCUAUCCCAGACACUCCCAAGAAAGAGAGAACAGCUUGUGUGUGUCUUCUAAGACCUGCCUGUAUAGACCUGUUUGUUGGUGGAGUGCUGCUGCACAUCGACAACCUCGUGGCUUGACUGGACCAUUAACAACUCACCGUGGGCAGCUCGGCUCGCACAGGUCACAUGGUCUCUUAGGUUCAUUCACAAAACAUACCUGCCUUUAUAUUCUAUUGCUGGGACUCCGAUACUACAAUGUGGGCAUCUUCCAAAAGUGGUUUCCGUGACACUGUCUCCUCCAUCCUAGCCAGCCAGAAGAGGGAAAGAUCAGAUGGGUGGCUCUUACUAGCUAAGCCUGAAUGUUGUGUGCCUCAUUUCUGCUCACAUUCCACUAGGUGCAACGCAGCCAGAACCAUACUCAGCUGCGGGGGAUGUUGGAAAAUGCAGUGUGAAUUUGUCCUAAGGAGGGGGAAAAAAGUGGGCUUAGUAAUCAAAUCUACCUAGUCUUUGCCACACUUCAUAAUUUCUCAAAGCCCUGUGAGAGCUCAACAGAGUGGUUGACACGAUUAAUCCAUUCCAACAUUCUUUACUUCCCUAAACAUUGGGAAGGCUUGCUCCUAUGUCUCUGGUGCCACUAGCAUUUGUAUUCCUCCUGCUGCACAGUACUGCUGACAUAGUAUUCAGUUCUGAUAAGUGUACUCUUUAAUAAAAGGUUUGGCCCUAUCAAAAUCAGAAAGACAAAACUGCAGACCAAUAUCUCUUAGGAAUAGAUUCAAAAGUUUUUAACCAAAUACUGAAUCCCUUAGCUUUAAAAACUAUGAUCGAAUUGGACAACCUGAUUCAAAUGGACUUAUCCUAGGAAUAUGUGAGUAGGGAAACAGACUAUAGUUAAAGGUUAUACAUUAUAUUACUAGAUGCAAAUCUACAUAGUGACCUUGAUGCAGAAAAACAUUUCAAAUACAAAAAAAGGCAUGCAGCAGGUAAGUUAAAAAAUUGAACAACGAAAAUCAGUUAUGUUUUCAAGAACAAUCCAGAAAUUAAGACAAUAAUUCCAUAUACAAUAGCAUCUAAAAAUAUACCUAGGAAUGAACUUAACCAACAAGACAAAAGAUUUUGUCUGCUGAAAACUAGAGAACAUUGCUGAAAUAAAGGAGACUGGAAUAAAAGGAAAGACAUCCUGUGUCAUAUAUUAGAAAACUUCAUGUUGUUAAGAUGUCGGUAAUACCAAAAAUAUCCAGAUUCAACACACUCAUCAAAACUCCAACACAGCCUUUUUACAAAACUAGAAAUGCCAAUCCUCAAAAUGUAUAUGGACUUGCAAAGGACCCUGAAUAACAAUCUCAAAAAAGAAGAAUAAGGUGAGAUGGUCAGGCGGCUUUUAACAAGGAUGCUAGGUCCAUUCAGUGGAGAAAGUAGUCUUCUCAAAAGAUGGUUCUGGGACAGUCACGUUUCCAUGUGCAAAAGAAUGAAGUUGGGCCCCUAACAGCAUAUAUUACUAACUGAAAAUGGAGCAAUGACCUAUGUUUUCUUAGAAGAAAACGGCAGUAAUUUCUAUGACCUUGGAUUUGGCACCAGAUUCUUAAAUAUGUUGGCCAAAGGCAUAAGUAACAAAAGAAAAUAUAGAUAAAUUGGACUGCAUUAAAAUAAAACUUGUGCAUCAUGGGGUAUUUUAAAAAGGGAAAAGAAAAAAUGAAAAAACUUGUAUAUCAUCUGAUGAGAACAUAGAACAACAAAACAGUUAAAAAUACAGGCAAAGGACUUGAAUUGACAUUUAUCCAAAGAAGAUAUUCAAAUGACCAAAAAGCAUAUGAAAGUUGCUCAACAUUAUUAGUUACUAGGGAUAAGCAAAUCAAAACCACGAUGAGACACUACUUCAUGCCCACUAGGAUGGCAAUAAUAUAAUAAUGAGAAAACGAGCAUUGGAGAGGAUGCGCAAAGAUAAGAACCUUUGCACAUUGCUGGUGGGAAUAUGAAGUGGGGCAGCCACUGUGGAAAACAGUUCAGCAGUUUCUCAAGGAACUGUACACCCAAAAGAAUUGAAAGCAAAGACUCAAAACAUACUUGCACACCAAUGUUCAUUGCAGCAUUGUUCAUGAUAACCAAAAGGUGGGAACAAUUCAAAUGUGCCUCAAGAGGCUAAACAAAAUGUGUUUUCAUAUGUAUAUUGGAAUGGUAAUCAACCAUAGUAAGAAGUGAAGUUUGAACACCUGCUACGAUAUGGACGGACAUUGGAAACAUUCUAGGUGACAAUCCAAGGACAGGUAAUCUAUGAUUCCACUUAUAUAGAAUAUCUAAAACAAAGUCACAGAGACAGUUGUUGGGAGGUUCCCAGGGAAGUGGGUAGUUAACUUGUAAUAGCACAGAGCUUUUGUUUGGGAUCAUAGAAAGGUUUUAGAGCUAGGUAAUGGUGAUGGUUGCACAUUAUGAAUGUAAUUAAUGGUACCUACUCAUGCAAUCAAAAAUGGUUUAAAUGGCACAUUUUGUUAUAUAUAUUUUACCACAAUAAAAGGAAAGU